GGUUAGAUAUCGCCAGGAUGUUGCUUGCCAACCAAAUGGAUUUGAUUGUGGACUAUUUGUCAGCAAUUACUUGCUGGAUCCAGAUCGAUAUUCCAAGAAGCUUGACCAGUUCCAUAGUGAGUAUGAGCGGGCACAAUUUACAAUGUACUUGCUCACUACGGAUCUGAAUGAGGUGAAAGCUACAGUCAAGACACAAUCCGAUGAAUAUUUUGAGAGACAUGCAAGAC